AUGGGAAGACUUAUCAAGAAUCAUUGGGCACGUCUAAUAGUCCUCACUGCCGCCAUCUAUCAAGUCGCAGCCGCCAUCGAGGGAUUCUUCUGGCCCAAGGUCUUCUGGGAUUUCCUCACCAAGAAUCUCGACGGAGCAGUUAAACCCAUUCCGAUACUACAAAUAAUAAACUUGCUCUUCGGUCUGUUUAUGCUAGCUUGGGAGUGGCCACUUGGAUUUUUAGUCGGCACUGCCUUUCACCGCAGCAUAGAGGCUCGACUCGUUGUCCUUCCUUUAACGGCCUUGGCAGCCGCGUUACUAUACCAAGCGACCAAUCCCGCCAUUUACUAUACAAUUGCGCUGGUGGUAUAUUUCUGGGCGUACAGCGAAGGAGAAGUAAUAGUCGGGGUAUGGAAACUUCCACCUCGACGAUCUACAUCGGGGAAAGUAUAG